AUGUCGAAAAACGUCACGGAGCUCUGCACGCUCCUCGUAGAGAAGGAGCACGGCGAAUUGGCUGCUGACGUCUUUUCUACGGUUGCGCAUGUCGGACGACAGCAUCUGGCUGGUCUUAUUCGAGCAUCAAGACUCCCCACCAAGCAUUUCAGGCACGGCCUCGCCACCCUUCUGCAAUUCCAACUUGUCCUCCAAUCCGAGCUCGACGAAGUCACAUUUUACGAAGUCAGCUGCGAACAUGCUCACAAUCUCGCGCGCCUUGGGAAAAUCGCAAGACUGGUAGAGGCACGGUAUGGACAGGAGGCUGGCGAAAUCGUCACCACCUUGCUGAACUCGGGCCAUGCGAAAGUCUCUGAUCUCGCUGCUGCCUACGGAAGGAUUCACAAAAAGGUGGAUGUGAGCUCGACACUCCCCAAUGGAACCAUGACGAAGCACGAGGGAGUCAACGGCCAGAAAGCGGGCACCACCAAGACCACCAGUGACGACACAAGCAAUGACGAUAGCGCUGGUAAUGGUGGGGAAGUCGGCAGCGUUGAGAACAGCAAUGGAGUCACCGCCAACGGAUCGGCAAUUGUCCAGGACAAGCCAGAGACUUACGUUGAGUCCGAUGCUGAGAUGCAUGCCAUCCUACACAGCCUGCUGAAGGCUGGUUGGAUCGUGCCCGUAGACCAACGAGAUUUCUGGCCUCUCUCCGACCAACGCCUCGACGCUGAAGCUUGGGUUCUGGAACAUCACUUUGAAAAGGGCAAGCCCCCCAAAGGUCCGAAGCAGGUCCAGGCGCUGAAACGCCACCUCAAACACCGUAUGCGCCAGCUGCGUGAUCAGGCACUUGAUUUCUCGACUUCAAGCAUCCAAACCGGCUCCAAACGUCCCGCCACGUUCUCUGCCUUGCCGCCCGCCAAACGAGCCAGAGCAAAUGGUGUUAAUGGUGCUAGUCACUCCAAAGCCGGGUUUGCAGAUGAUGACGGCGUGUUGCUCGAUGGCAAUCUCGUUGUGCGCAUCAGUCCAGAAAAGGUCAGCGUUGCGAUGCGUACUGAACAGCUCGUUCGUCUAGCAAAUCGUUUCAUCGGAGAGACCACGUCCAAGGUGUAUAGAGCCUUUCUCCAACUUCUGGAAGAACAGACCCCCAGGUGCUACGAUCAGUAUAAAGCCGAUCCGGACCCUGACUCGGACAAGAUUCUUAUAAUUGAGGCAAAGGCCAGCGUCUUGAAGAUUGCAGAAGUUCUUGACAAGAGUGUAGACCUCUACGAUGGUCUCGCUGAAACCCCCGAAUUCGUCAAUGGAAACACUAACCAUGAUGGCGAUACCUUGGUUAACCGAGGCAAGCUGGUCGAAAAACAUAUCAAAAUGCUCUCAGAAGAUCCACGCCACCUUGCUACUUGGGCUAGCUCACGAGGAGUCAGCGAGUGGUAUGUCGAGUUUCCACGCCUAAGCCGGUACCUCAUCCAGAACCAAAUCGAAGAGACUGUUCAGUCCCGGUUCGAACGCCUCGGCAUGCGGCUCCUGCGUCUCCUGCACAACAAGGGUAAACUGGACGAGAAACAGGUCGCAAGCUUGGGUAUGUGCCGACCGAAGGAAAUCCGUCCUAUCCUCAGUCAGAUGCAAGCCGCGGGAUUCCUAGAUCUUCAAGAAAUUCCAAAAGACAACAGUCGUCACCCGAGUCGUACCAUAUUCCUGUGGUUCUACGACCAGGACCGGGUCAGGCGGUUGCUAUUGGAGGAUGCUUACAAAGCUAUGGCACGUAUCCUGCAGAGAAUCGAGAUCGAGCGUCAGGCGAGACUCGAACAAAUCGAGAAAGCGGAGCGUACCGACGUCAAAGGUAACGAAGAUAAGUAUUUGACUAAGGUAGAGAAGCAGAAGCUACACGAGUGGUCACAGAUCGAAGUGAAGCUUUCCGUCCAGCUAGAGAGAGUCGACGACUUGGUUGGCAUUCUCAACGACUUUCUUGGUCCAUGA